UGUGUGAACGUGUAGCACGGCAAAACAGAAACAUUUAACAAAUAAUAAUAAUACGUACGUACGUAACUACAUACAUACAUACAAACAGAAAGACCGUUGUUUUCUUUCUACACUGUGAUCAUUUCAUUUGUUGUUUUUGUUCGUUUAAAAACAACGACCGAUGAGUUUCGUACGAUCGCUAACUUGAAACCUAAACAUCACACUCUACUACAAAUACUACUACUACUUCUACCUUUAUAAUAUACAAAAAAAAAAAAACUCCACAAGCAGAAGCCACUCGCGAGCUCAACACAGGCAGCCGUUAAGCUGAAAUUUCGAUCGUAACUUUGCAGUUGACUGUCGCGCACGGAAGCGUUCGGAAGUGGAAUAUAUUUUAUUAAUAAUAUUAACGUCUCCACCAACAAAACCAAGCAACAACCAACAACCAACCAGCAAACAAAUCAAACUUUUUUUUAUUAAACUCAGUUUAACAAAAAAGCAACAACAACAACAACUACUACCACCAACAGCAGCAGCAAGCAGUAUUAUUACUUGUCUUAACUUGACUCAACAACGCAAAGCGACUUGACUUGCUUACUACCAAAAGAAGCUUGGCUUAUUUAGUUUGUUAGCAAUCACGCACCAACAAGUAGUAACACGCGUAGUUAUUACACCAAACAAAAAAAAGUUUAAAUUAUAAAAAAAUUUUAAAAUUAAUUUAAAUAAUCAAUAAACUAAAAGAUCAACCAAAAAAUAAAGAAACUGGAAAAAAUUGGAACAAAAAAAAUUUUAUAAAGAAAAAAAAUUAAAAAUUAUAAAAGAAAUUUAUAAUUUUACAAAGUUACUGCAAUAAUUAAGAACAAAGUUUUAUUAACUAGUACCAGUUUUUAAAAACCAACUGUUUGUUACAACCAUUAAUAAGCUGAGACGUGAUCAAUCAAAUGUUUAAAACAUUUUGAUUUUAUUUCAUUCCAUUCUUUAAAAAAGAUAUCGUUAUUUUUUUCGGUGACAAUUGCAGCCAAUCAGACUGGCAAGUUGAAAAACAACAAAAAACUAUAACAACGCCCACCAUUAUUAUAAGUUUGAAUUUGAAAGAAAAAAAAAACUACCACCAACAAACAAUUUUUCAAACGCCAUACUAGUUGAAAAAAAUACAUAAAAAGCGGAACAACAACAAUAACAAAAGUGCUAAAAAGGCGUUUAAAUCAAGCAUUUGAAAUAACACGUCACACUGUCAGCAACUCUCUUCAUAACGGUUGUUAUCACCCAGAACCACAAACAAUUCAACACUAACAUUUUAAACAUCAAACCGUAUACAACGCGCAACAAACGAGCCAAUCAGAAUAAAAAAAAUAAAUUACGAAAAUUCAAAAACAACAAAUAAAUAUUAAAAAAAUCAACAUACCGACGCCAUAAAAAAACCCCCCAUAAGAUUAAUCAUUCUUAUCAGUUUGAUUAAAAAGUAAAACAGCAACAACAACAACAACCACAGCCAGAAGAAAUUCUAAUAACAAAAUAAAUAAAAAAAGAACAAUUAAAACAACUACACACAGUGUUAGUGGAUAAAAAGUAAAGAGUGUAUUAAAGAAACAAUAAUAAAAACAAACAAUUACACUAAUACCAUUAAACAACUACUUUGAGAGUAAUACAUAACGUAAUCAUACACGCAAGUACACUCUAGAAAUAGAAAAAAAAAUAGAGUAGAGUAAAUUUAUAACGGUUUAACUGUGUGAUUUACACGACAAUUGUGAGUGAGCUUGAUUUAACUGUUUUGUUUGUUUUGUUUAUUUCAUUUGUGUGUCCUCGUCGUCUAUCUGUUUUUUUUAACAUCUGUUUAGUGUUUGUGAGUGUGUAUUUGUGUGAAAAAAAGUAGAAAACAACAACAACAACAACAGAAGAACAAAAACAACAACAACAAAAAGCACUACUAAGCACCAUGUUCGCUGUAAUGAGAAUCGACAAUGAUGACUGCCGGUCGGACUUUCGUCGCAAGAUGCGUCCGAAGUGUGAGUUCAUUUGCAAGUAUUGCCAGCGGCGUUUUACCAAACCGUACAAUUUAAUGAUACACGAACGUACCCACAAAUCACCAGAAAUCACAUAUUCCUGUGAGGUCUGCGGCAAAUAUUUCAAACAACGUGAUAAUCUCAGACAACACAGAUGUAGUCAGUGUGUCUGGCGAUAAAUUACUCUACUAUUCUACUAUAUUUUGUUGUAAAGCACCAUUAUAUUUUUUUAAAUAAAUGUCACCACUUAUUUACCACGCACUAUACAUAAAAAAGAAACACAGCAACUGCAACAACAACAACAACAACAAAAAAAACAGCAAUAAUCAUAAAACACCUUUAAGUAUUUUACAAAAAAAAGAUAAAUUUUGGAUAAAAAAUGUCACAUAAAAUUUAAAUAAAAAAACACCAACUCUAAGUAUGGUCAAAGACAUGCAACUCUACAAUAAAUAUCUUUAACAACAACAGCAAUCACUCAUAUGUAAAAAAAACAAUUUAAAACAUACACACACAUGCACUUUAUUCCUGCUAAAGAUCAUUACAAGAAAAUGAUCAUCAAGGUUUAUCUUAAUAACUGCUAAUGGUGACUGAUUUAACUGUUAAUCUAACCCUCCAACUAAAGCUUAAACAUUAUUGAAAAUGAUCACAGCUUCAGAAAAGCUAAAAUGAUGACACUGCUGAUGAUAAUGAUGAUGAUGUUGUUGGUGAUCAUGAUAAUAAGCUGUACCUAAGGUGGGUGGUUGUUAUUCUAAACCAUCGGGUGAAAGUGUGUGGUGUUUGUUUUUUUGGAUUUUUCUUUCUUUCUUUGGUGUUUGUAACAACUGUCAAAAGGUGAUGGUUUCAUUUGACAACACUUGGCUGAUGACAUAAAGUUUACAAAAAAAAAAAAAAAAUCAUUCACUCAAGGGAAUAUUGAUGACUUUAAGAGGGCGUUUAUUAUGGAUGUUUUAUGGCUUAGAAAUAACAUUUGGUUACAACAUCAGCUUAUAGCACAGCAACAACAUAACCACAACAACAUUGAACACUAUGUAUAUACUGUCUGCGAAUACUAAAUCAAUAUAUAUAUAAAAAAACUUAACAGCAUUAUUUUACAUAAAUAUUAAAAAAAAACAUUUUACAAAAAACCGCUUAAAAUCUUCUCUGAAUAUUUUUCACAAAUAUUCUUAAAGCAAGACUUAAAACAAACAUAAAACUAAUGCGCAGGCGCAUUAACCAACAUAUUUAUAAAAUUUGUUUACAGAACCAUACAUCCAUAAGCUACAACAAACAACCACAAACAAAAACAACUUCAUCAGACCAAAUUCAAGUAAAAAUCCUACCAACCCAACUACCAAACCGAUUCUUAAAAAAAACUCCAAAAAAAGAAGAAGACAACUAAAAAAAGAAGAAGACAAACGAAA